AUGGCACCAGCUAAAAAAAUUCUGUCUUGUGAAACUCAACUGGCUGAAGGUGAUAAGCCAAGUGAUGUUGUGGCAGAAACCACGUCGAAAAAUCCUGAAGAGAGCCAAGAAGGUGGGGACAAAAACGAUGCUGCCUCAAAACCAUCCCACAAGAGGACCUUUUCUAAGACGGAUGACCCAGAUCAACCUGUUGCCGAGGGCUCCUCAGCCCCACCUUCCAGCAAGAAAGCUAAAUCUGACGUACCUGACACUCUAUCAGCGCCUAACUCCGAAAACGAACUCGAAAGUUCUUCGCGCGACCUUGAUGAAGAGGACCUAGUGACCUUAACUCCCGAUGGACCCAAUGUAUUCUAUGGGUACACCGACGCCCUAUUUGACUUAUUUGAGACAGGUGGCAACAACGAUGGCUUUUGGCCCAAGUCAAAGAUCAUGCAUGCCUAUGGUGCGUUGGCUGAAACCGACGAUAUUGAGCGCAUGCCAUGUCUAUCCCUCUCCUGUGACCCAAAAGAUCUCGAGCCUCCCCAGGCAAAGGCUCUGAAAAGUGAUUUCGAGGCAGAUGAUGGAUGGUGGUACGAAGUGACUCUAACACGUCACUUGCCUGCAGAGGCUCCGAAGAAAUUGCGAGUCGAUGUGGAAUGUGGUUUUUAUGAUGUUCAGGGGGGAGUGUAUGGGAAAAGUAUAGGUGAAUGGUGGAUAAGUGAUAUCUCAGCGGCAAAGGGAGAGUCGGAGGAGGCGAUGACAGCUAUGAUUGACCAUGUGCUCCAGGGAUGACUGAUACCAUCCCUCUAUGAAACUUUUAAUUUCAGCCUUGCAGCACUAGGUGAUACUUGCCUUGUCGAAGGAUUUGCGAAUGGGUCUCCAACUUGCUUCCAUCGGUGACCGCGAAAUAAAUGUCUCUAUGAAUG